GUUGUCGAUAACAAGGUAUUUUAUAAAAUUUCGGAUAAGGGUAUCGAUUCAUUUAUCGAUAAAUCACGCAUGGUGCAAACGCAUUAUAUGGAAUCAUUGAUCACGCAAAAUUGGAAUACUAUCCAGCAAAUCUAUGCGCAGAAUAAGUCGUGA